AUGAAUCCUCUGUGCUGCAUUGCUCCGGUUUCGAUCGAUCGGGACCGGUCGAACACUGUGGUGGCGCAAUCGCAUGGUCAGUGCCAGUCAGGGGUUGAUUCGUCCGUCAGGGCGGUGAACUACGCUACAAAUUCGAGCUUCUCGACGCAGGACUCGUCGCACGGUGGGGAUUCCGGCAAGUCCUCCGCCGCUGCUGGAAAUCGCGACGGCGAUGAGGUCGUCCGCGAGCCUCGGGAUUCCAAGGUGUUCGCCGGCUGCAAUGGCGGUGGUGUCGCCGGAAGUGUGGCUGGGAUCCUUUACAAGUGGGUGAAUUACGGCAAGGGUUGGAGGUCCAGGUGGUUCGUGCUUGAAGAUGGUGUGCUUUCGUAUUACAAGAUUCAUGGACCGGACAAGAUCUCGAUGAGUCCUGCUAGGGAUAGGAGCGUGAGGGUGAUCGGCGAUGAGUCGACGAAGUAUAUUAAGAAGGCGAAUUGGAACCUGAAUCGAGUGCCUGUAGGAGGAGGCACCAAGCAAUGCAAGCCCUUCGGUGAGAUACAUUUGAAGGUUUCUACAGUUCGUUCCAGCAAGUCUGAUGAUAAGCGACUUUCCAUAUUUACUGGGACAAAAACUCUUCACUUGCGUUGUGUAUCUAGAGAAGACAGAGCCUUGUGGGUUGAGGCCCUGCAGUCUGCGAAGGAUCUUUUUCCUAGAGCUCUAACAAGUGGCGAUCUUGCAACUUCAGAAGAUAUUGCUGUUUCAACUGAGAAGCUGCGUUUACGAUUGUCACAGGAAGGCAUAAGUGAAGCAAUAAUCAAUGACUGUGAGUCUAUUAUGCUCUCUGAAGUCUCUUAUCUUCAAGGCAAGUUGAAGUUUCUUCAGCAGAAACAUUUUAUGUUGCUGGACACCUUAAAACGAUUGGAGUCGGAGAAAAUAGAGUUGGAAGCUACUGUAGUGGAUGAAACAAAGGAACGUGAGUCCUAUUGUGGACAAGGGAAUAGAAGGUUUAGUGAUUUCUAUUCUGUCAUGUCAGAGGGCAGUGCAACUGAUUCAGUAGCCGACAAUGAAAGUCAAGAUGGAGCAGAUUUUGAAACAGAUGAUGAUGAUGGAACAUACUUUGACACAAAUGAGGUUUUGUAUUCAGAUGCCUUAAGAAGUGCUUCCUACCGAAGUAGGGAAGGCAUGGGAAAUGCUAGUAUAUACGAUAGAGAUAAUAGUCUUUAUGAUGGUUUGCAUGGAUUUGAGAAGGAGAUCAAAGAUGUAAGUUAUCCAUAUGUCAAAAGAAGAGAUAACUUACCAGAGCCAAAAGAGAAAGAGAAGCCCGCCGGCCUGUGGUCAAUUAUUAAAGACAAUAUUGGGAAGGAUCUUUCUGGAGUUUGUCUCCCUGUUUAUUUUAAUGAACCACUCUCUUCAUUGCAAAAGUGUUUUGAAGACCUAGAGUAUUCAUACCUGGUUGAUAGAGCAUCGGAGUGGGGAAAACAGGGGAAUGAUUUGAUGAGAAUUAUGAAUGUUGUAGCUUUUGCUGUGUCUGGCUAUUCAUCAACUGAAGGUCGGCAGUGUAAACCUUUCAAUCCUUUGCUCGGGGAGACUUAUGAAGCUGACUAUCCAGAUAAAGGACUUAGGUUUUUUUCUGAAAAGGUUAGUCAUCAUCCAAUGAUUGUUGCUUGUCACUGUGAGGGAAGAGGGUGGAAGUUCUGGGCAGACUCCAAUUUGAAAGGAAAAUUCUGGGGGCGUUCCAUUCAGUUAGAUCCUGUGGGUGUACUCACCCUACAGUUUGAGGAUGGUGAAACAUUUCAGUGGAGCAAGGUCACCACUUCCAUAUACAAUAUCAUACUAGGUAAAAUUUAUUGUGACCACUAUGGUACCAUGCACAUCAAGGGCAGUGGCAACUACUCUUGCAAACUGAAGUUCAAAGAGCAAUCUAUCAUAGACCGAAAUCCACAUCAGGUCCAUGGGUUUGUUCAAGACAAUAGAACUGGAGAGAAGGUAGCAAUGUUAGUUGGGAAGUGGGAUGAAGCAAUGUACUAUGUCCUUGGGGAUCCAACAACAAAGCCAAAAGGUUAUGAUCCAAUGACAGAAGCUGCAUUAUUGUGGGAAAGGGACAACUAUGUUACGAAGACAAGAUACAACCUCUCUCCUUUUGCAAUUUCCUUGAAUGAAAUAAUGCCUGGUUUAUUGGGGAAGUUGCCUCCAACUGACUCAAGGUUGAGACCAGAUCAAAGAUAUUUAGAAAAUGGAGAAUAUGAGUUGUCAAAUGCAGAGAAACUUAGACUUGAACAGUUGCAGAGACAGGCAAGAAAGAUGCAGGAAAGAGGAUGGCAACCCAGAUGGUUCAAGAAGGAUGAGGAUGGUUCCUACCGAUAUAUGGGUGGCUAUUGGGAAGCAAGAGAAAAGAAUAAUUGGGAUGGAAUCCCUGAUAUAUUUGGACAUAGUUGUGAUUUACCUUCAUGUUCAGAAGAGAUUACACCCUACUGAAUAUCUUCACAGCCGUCAAAUUUCUCUUGUUUUGCUAAAUGUGAAUUUGGAUGUAGGUUAAGUUAUAAAUAGAUCCCUUCAGAGUAAGUGUUCGCGUCCUUAAAGUUUCUUC